AGCCCCCAGGUCCUGGGUCUGCAGGGCAGCUUGGGGGGAGCCCUGAACCUGUGCGGGGCCGGGGCUGUGGGCAGUGUGGGCAGGCGGGGCAGGGGGAGGCUUCUGCCCCUUCUAACCCACAGGGCCAGAUAGCAGGGGCACCCAGCAUGUCCCCGGGGGUGUCCGUGCCCAGCCUUUCGACAGCUGGUUCUCAGCACCGGGCAGGUGGGCGGUGACCCGGGGCCAGAAAAGGGUCGUCCUCAGUUCCCGCUCCUGAGGGGACUCAGCAGCCUCCGAGGGCCCGUGUCUGGGCCCCAGCGUGGCCCCUGCUGUGCCGUGUUUGCUUGGUGACCACGCACGGGAGGCUGAGGGUGGGGUGGGGCUUCUCCUGCCCCCCUCUGUCCUCUCUCGGAGCCUCAGCAGUGCCCCCGGUCCUGGCAUCCGUGUCCAGGGCUUCCGUGUGGCCCUGUCCCCUGGCCCCCGAGAGAGGGAGGUGGCCCGUCUGCGAGGGAGUGACUCGGCGGCAGGCGGAAGGCCGUCCAGCCUGACACUGUUUGUUUGCAUUCCGAUCGCCCUGCUCGGUCCCAGCCCGUCCCAGCCCCGGACCUGGUCCCGGCGAGGGGCGGGCUGCCGUCUGGCCACCACGCCUGCCGUCUGGCCACCACGCCUGCCGUCCUUCCCGGGCCAAGAGCUCCCCAGGGCGCCCGUCCUCGGGGGGCCCGCAGCUGGAGGAGACCCCGGAGGCAGCCCGUGCUGAGGACAGCCAGGGGCAGCACGAUGACCGUGGAGUGCAGGGACGUGCUGGUGCUGCUGCCCACACAGGAGCAGCUGCGGCUGGUCGUGGGGGUGCAGGCCACCGCGCGUGAGCUGUUCCAGCUGGUGUGCGACAAGACCGGCGUCAGAGACACCCGCUUCUUUGGCCUCAGUGUGCUCAGAGAGGACGAGCACAUGUUCAUGGAUUUGGAGCAGAAACUCAGCACGUACUUCUCGCAGGACUGGGGCAGAGAGCCGCGGAGCGAUGGCGGGGGACCCGGGGCCACCUUCGUGACCUUCCUCCGGGUGCAGCACUACGUGGAGGACGGGCGGCUGAUACGCGACCAGGCAGCCAGGCGCCUGUACUACAGCCACCUGAAGGGGCAGGUGCUGCGGUCGCAGUGCGCCCACCGCGAGGAGGCCUACUUCCUGCUGGCCGCCUACGGGCUGCAGGCCGACCUGGGCAACCACCGGCUGCGCGCCCACGUGGGGCGGUACUUCGAGCCACACUCCUACUUCCCGCCGUGGAUCAUCGCCAAGAGGGGCAGCGCCUACCUGCUCCGGCACGUGCCGGCCCUGCACCGCGAGCAGCGGGGCCUGAACCCCAGGGAGGCCCUGCUGCGCUUCAUCCGCGAGGCCUGCCGCCUGGAGGACGUGCCCGUCCACCUCUUCCGGCUGCGCAAGGACAAGAAGGAAGGCGGACCGACCGUCGUCCUGGGACUGACCCCCGGAGGGGUGCGCGUCUACCAGGAGGCGGGCCGCGCUCCCCGGCUGCUCUACGACUUCCCCUGGGCCCGCAUCGGGAAGCUGGCGUUCCUGCGGAGGAGGUUCGAGAUCUGGCCGGACGGGCUGCCCGCCGCCCGGAAACUGGUGUACUACGCGGGCUGCGCCGCCCGCGCCCGCCACCUGCUGCGGCUGCUCCGCGCCAGCCACCAGCUGCACCUGGCCCUGCAGCCCGCGCGGGGGCGGCUGCGGCAGCUGGAGCAGGCGCCAGAUAAGACAAGCUGCCGAGAGGUGUACAUCGGCGACACGCUGGAGCUGGACCUGCGCCCGGCCGGCAGCGGGAACAGCGGGGGCAGCGACCGGCAUCCCUCCCGCCUCUCGCUCCUGUCCGCCGGCAGCUCCCACGGGCCGGGCCUGGAGCCCGGGGAGAUGUCGGUGGACGCGCCCCCCGGGGCCGAGGGGCUCCGCGGGAGUGUGGCGACCUGCAGCCCCAGCCCCAGCCAGGGCAGCGGGGACUCAGCAGGGAGCCAUGCACGCCCGCCCCAGGGGGACGCCCAGGACCCCGGGAACGCCUCUGGCUCCCAGGAGCCCUGGGCAGUGGUGCAGGUCACGCUGGUCAAGGUGAGGGGCCGGAGCGCCGAGGCCCUGCACCAGGUCCCCGAGCCAACCUCGGGCCGCGUCCACUCAGACCGGCACAGCCGCAGCCUGGAGGACGUGCGUCCACGCCCCGCCCCGCGCCCUGUGCCCGCCCCGCGCCGCUGCCCCCUUGGCGUGGGGGUGGACCCCAGACCCUCGGCCCUGGAUGGAAGUGGGUCCACGCGCCGCCCCUCCCUGCGCCUUCCUGGGGAGGACCAGCCCCCGGAGGAGUUUGUGGUGUAGGCCGCCACAGCGGGGCCCGGUCCACCCUGCACGGCUCAGCACACACAGGCCCCUCCACUCGGAGGGGUCCGUUCAGGCCCCGUAGCUCCGCCCACAUGGGGCUCAGUCCGUGCCGCACCCCCAAGCAGUGUGGCUGCGGUGGCCCCACCAGCCCUUUCUGUGCUGGAGGCACCAGGUGAGCCUGGUGGACAGGGCCUCGGGCUCCGCCCCUCGGCCCCAGACUCCUCCUCCCCCAGCCUCACCGGUCAGAGGUGUGAAACUGACUCCCAGGGCAGCUCCCGAGGUGAAGGGCAGGUCCUGCUCUCCUUGGGGGAUGUGGCCGGCAGAGGAGAGGCCCCGUCCGCCCCCAUCCACCCUGUCCACCCCGUCCGCCCCGUCCGCGUGGAUGGGCAGCAGGCACAGAGCCCCCCUGGGAGGCCUCCCGGUCAUGGUCCCUGCGAAGCCCCAGGCGUCCCUGGGCUGCCCUCUGUGGCUCCUGAGGCUCUGAGCCCCGGACCUGCAGACGGAGGCCCCCUGGGAGCGGUGGCCCAGCUCCGUCACCCCAGGCCCCGCAGGCAGUGGUCCCCCGUCGACGGUCGGCACAAGCGCCCCGCCACUCUGCAGUGUGGGCACCCGGUCCCCAGGGAGCCCCCGAGGUCCCCAGCGGAAAGCUGACACACAUGUUGGGUCCCGGGAUGCAGUGAUGGGAUGGAGUGCCUGCCCCCCUCACCCCGUGCCCGUCCCGUCCCUGGGGCUGUGGGCGGCUGUGCGUGGCGGCCGCGGAGCUCCCUGCCCGGGUCAGCGGUGCUGGCCCCUACAGGGUCACCUCCACUGCUGAGCCCGUCCCCGUCAGCAGGUUGCGGGGGGGCGGGGCAGAGACAGGGCUCCCUUGCCAGACCCAGCACACCCGGCCCUCAGGGCUGGGGGCCCGGUGCUGGCCUGCGGCCCCUGCAGGGGGGAUUCCCAGCAAGCCUGCCUCUGGGGGCCGCUGGCCCUCGCUCAGGCCUCGCGAGCAGUGGCCGUGGCAAGGGCUGCUGCCCUUCCCAGUCCGGGCAGCUUGAGGGCUGAGGCCUGGUCCCAGCUCGGGGCCCGGCUCGCAGGCGGCCUUCCUGGGCACCCCCCAGCCGCCUGGACAGCGCAGAGCUGCUGGGCCGGGUCCCGGGCUCCCCCCGACCUCGCUGACGGCCCCUGGGCUCGGCCCGCCCUGCAGAGGCUCCCGGAGGGGCUGCUCCAUGACGGGCGGGCUGAUGGGGGCGCUCCUCCCAGCCAGGGCCCGACCCGGCACCGGGGCGUGGGGUGGCUGGAUUCGCCCGUGGGCCCCUCAGGCCUCUCCCCGCACUCAGGGCCCGCACACUCACUCACACCUGCGUCCUCCCUGCACUGGGCCUCCGGGUGGCCCCGAGUGUCCGCCGGUCACUGCGAGCGGCUCCCACCCAGCCCUGCCCCUCAGUGUCCGGUCCCCUGGCUGCUGCCCGCUGCUCUGGGCGCCUCGGAGGUGGGGGGCGGAGCUCCGGCCGGGCCAGGGCAGGGUUCCCGCGCCCCUUCUGGGGAGGACAGGAGUGCCCACACCCGGCGUGCAUGAUGACAGCCGGGGACACGCACCCCCCGGCGGGCGGACAGCUCCACAGACGGGGAAGUUCUCUCCAGCUGUUCGGGGAAAGCGAGAGGGAACAGGUCCUCCCCCCUCCAGGCUCCUGCGGCUUUUUUACGCGAAGAAGCGUAACAGGCACAGCUGCCUCGGGAGGGGAAGUGCAGGGUCGCAGGUGCCUUCCACGGGGGAGCGUGUGAUUGACAACACUCCGUGGGGGGGGGGCACUGCCGCCUUUCCCCCCCAAAGCGCAGGGUGCGCCCCAUUCACAGAACUCGCUCCUGACCCCGAUGACGGCCUUUCCGCACACCAGUGAGGUGGCUGACCGCUCUCAGGAAACGGAGCUGAACCUGGUUCCUGACACCUCGUCACGUGGGGGAUUUCAUUUCGCUUUGCUGCUUGGAAAUUCGGGGCAGGGAAGGGGUUGGCUGUAGGGAGAAUGAAGUUAACUCAAACCUGGAAGGAAAAAAGGCCUGAGCGUGUGCGCCUGCGUUUUUCGCCGCCCCCGCCAGCCUGUGCGCACCCCCCUGUCAGAGCACGGCGCCCCCUGGACGGCAGGGGUGGGGGGAGGCUGCCACCUGUGCCCACGGGCCUCUCGCAGGGACUGGGGAGCUCGCCUUCCAGCCGGCCGCAGCCUCUCCUGGCCGCGCCUGUCCCGCCGGCCACAAGAGGGCGCUGGCGGCCCGAUUUGGGUGCAGGCGCCUGCCGCACCCAGAAAAGGCUGGGCUGGGCCCUGGGGGCUGGGUGGGGCUGCUCCGGGCGGUGCGGUCUCCCACCCCCUCUGGCCCCAGGCUGGAGCCUUGCCCGCAGGCCACUCGCCCACAGGUCCCU